AUGGUUCGUGCGUUGGCUAAUGUUUUGUUCGUCGUACUGUUGUGCAAGGUUUCUUGUCAGGUGAUGCAAUCGACUUUGUGCCCCUUUGCCUGCAAGGAACACCCCUCUCCCGUGUUCAGGCUGAGGGGAGGGACCAUGAUGAAUGUCAAGAGAUCCGACAGUUCGCUGAGCAACGACUUUACGAGGUCGUCUGACAGCAAUUUCAACCCGAGCCAAUCGGCGGAGGACCGAGCGGUGUUUGAGAGGAUGAAGCUAUCUGAGCUGCACAGAGCGCUCAGGGAGAGGGGACUCAAUACGAGGGGUAACAAGGCAGACCUGGUGGAACGACUGGCGGACUUUGAGAGCAAACAGGAUGCCAAGGAUUUGUUCAGCAGCCAGGAACUGCGGUCAAGGAAUGCGGCACUCUUCGGCGACAAUCUUGUGCCAAGAAGCAAGCAGGCGAGGACGGAGGAGAUCACGAGCCCCACAAGAGCCGUCGAUUCCUCCAGCUCUACUUCCUUCCUUUCUCCGCAGCGAGGACGAGGGAUGAAAGUUCUCGAGGAGGUCAAGGAUGUGAAUCAUGCAGACUACGUCUUCGAAGUGUUCGCAACGCAAGCUGAUGCCUUCAAGUUCGCGGACGCUCGUCCUUCGCUCGGGCUACAGGUCUAUGCGCAGGACAAGAAGAACACAGGAGCCAAGCAGUACGUGGCAGCUACUUACAGGGGGUUCUGGAGAAGAUACAAGAAGAUGGACCCGAGCGGACGACAUUUCGCUGAGAUCAUCCGUGAAGGUUCGCCGUGCCGGCUCUACUUCGAUCUGGAGUUUCCGAUCUCUGCUGGGGACAACGUGACGGAGGCGCAUCAGCUGGGGAACAGCAGGGUGGACAAGAUGCUGGAGGAGCUUCAACCGGCUUUGCAGGCGAGAUAUAAGGAAUUUGACAAACAGAUCCAGGUGCUGGAGCUGGACAGUUGCACAGACGUGAAGUUCUCGCGGCAUCUCAUUGUUGCCAACGUUGCGUUCAAGGACAACUCGCACGCGGGUGCCUUCGUCCGUCACUUCGUCGAACUUCUUCCCGAGGUGCUGGAGGACGUGAAGUCUUGCGUUGACCUCGGGGUCUACACUCGCAAUCGGUGCUUUCGCAUCCUCUAUUCCUCCAAGCUCGGCAAGACGAGGACGUUCGAGAGAUCUCAGCGCGAGCACCCGCACAAGUGGCAUCCUGAUCUUCACUCCAACGCGUUCAUGAAGCUCAUGUUCUCUUCGCUGCACCCUUCGGUCGGGGGAGGAAGAGACGAGGAGGAGAACGUCUUUAUGCAUUCUCUUAUCUGCUUCACCUCGCAGCUGGAUCACCUGCUGGAGGAUGAGGAUGCGAACAAGACCAAGAAGGCGACUUUGACCCUCAACUUCACGACAAUCUCAGCCAGCGACACCAGCAGACGAGAAAGUUUCUCCUCUAAAUCUCCUUUCCCCGACCUGGACCGCUACGUAUGCGAGGUUCGGAGCGGGGCCUGGGUGCAGCAGUGGGCGCUGAACCGGACAAGCAUGCGGAUAACUUUCUCUCUGCUGGGGAACAGAUUCUGCGAGGCGAUCGGAAGACAGCACAAGUCCAACAGGAUCUCUCGUUGUCUCGAUCCAGACUGUGCCAACUUUCAGUCUCCUGAGCGACCCAUCCCUCGAGAGACUUUCGAGAAGCAACUCGACGAAGAACUGGCUCCUGCCACUUCCUCGUCUUCCUCCUCCUCGGAAGUUCUUGCGGUAGCGCAAGGGAACAUGAUGAAGGAGCGUGCAAGGCUUGCUCGGCUGAAGAUGGCAAAGGAGAAGAUGAAGGAAUGGGCAUCCGCAGUCAAAGGUUUCUCCUACGACGUGGCAAGUAGGGGAUGGACAGCCGAGCUGUCGAGAAUCGCGGAAUUCUUCAAUGCGAGUGAGAAGGACGUGACAAGAGAGAAGGUCCAAGAAAUGCUUGAGAUCCUCUUCGUCAAGAUGUACCAAGAUAAUGCGAAGGAGGUUCUCCCUCCACUAGAUCGCCGCAUGGAAUUUCACGAGGAGGAGAACGACAUAGUGCUCGUCCGGCCCCUUGACAAGUUCGCUCGAGGCGACAAGUUCCGCCUCAAGCUCGCAGGUUUCGUCUUGAAUGUGGAGGAGAACGUCUGGAGACGAGAAGUCAAAGGCGAAGAAGUGGAGGGAGAGGAAGAGACGGUGGAUCAUCGGGAUGUUCAGAUCAGCAACGCAGAGACGUUUGAAGAGAGUUUGCGAUCCUGUUUCUUCGAGCUCGACGAGACUUCCGGAUUGUGGAAAAAAGAAGUCAAAGAGUUCGAGAGGAUGGUUGGCAUCGACUCGCUCGUUGAUCUCAACGCCGAGCUGAUUCUCGACAUGUUGUACGAGUACACCGAAGGAUGCGAGACGGACAAGAAGGAAGAGAAGGAUGAGCACCAGCACCAGCAGGAGAGGGAAGGGAACGAAGGGGGGAGACAGGGUUUAAGGUCUCUCUGUAGCAUUCUCAAGACAGAGGAGGAGGAGGAGGAGGGGAUGAUCCACAUGAGAUUCGCGCCCUCGCUUGCUCCAGCCCUGGAGCUGGUCAACCUGGUCAACACGAGCAGAGCAGAGGAGGGAGACAUCGUGCUGAAGGCAAACUCCACCGAGAUCAAGAAGCUCAUAUGCACAGAUUUCGUCAGCGGAGCUCUCACAGAAGAUCCCUGCGCCUCCUCCUCCUCCAUCACUGAGCACAAGGUUCUGUCCAUGCUCGCGCGAGCCAGGAAGGCAGCGGAACGCUCCGGCAAGUUGAGCGGAGUGAAGGAUGAGAGGAAGGGGAGGAAAGUUGACGUUCGGGUGUGCGGGGACGAGCUGCUGGUGUUCAACGGAUACAACAUGAAGGAGCGGCUCCGGAUGGCAGGGUUCCGAUGGCGGCAGGAGGAGAAGGCCUGGGCGCUGCCGAUGGAGGAGAUGAGGAGAAGAAUGAGGGGGGCAGAGGAGGCGGGUGCGAUGGCCCAUGGGGGCAUGGCGGGAGAGGACUCCAAGUGCUCGAGCAACAGCGAGGAGGAGACGAAGACGAAAGAGGAGGAGCUGCUGGAGAAUCUCUCGCUCGAGGAGCUGCUCGAGGGCCUCGAGCGCAUGUCCCUCCCCAAAGACUUAUCCUCCGUCUCCUCGCGUUCAGACUCUCCUCAACCAAUCAGCAUGCCCCGAUGUCGCAUCGAGAACAGCACGGUGCUUGUGGAUCGCUGCUACGGGCUCAAGCGCUUCCUUCGCGAGCUCGGGAUGGCCUGGAACGAGACGGCGCAGGCGUGGACCUGCACUCGCUCGCAUGCUGCUGCGAUACUGAACAUGUCGAGGGAGGAGGAGGUGACAGCAGACUUGGUCCUCGAGGCCAUCGCCGGCUCUUCUCACAAGGCAGUCUCCUCCUCCAAGAGCAAGACAAACAAGCUUCCGUACGCCAUCAUCCUCGAGGAGGAGGGCGGGGAGGGGAAGUCAAGAAUCUUGAUUCGCAACUCCUACGACAUCAAGGAUCGGUGUCGGGCGGAGGGCCUGCAGUGGGACAGCAAGGAGAGAGGAUGGAGCUGCGGAGUGAAGGAGGCGGGGAGGCUGGUCAACAUGAGCGCUGAUUCGCCACUUCUUCCACAGAUGUUGGUCAAACAUAUGAUGACUCGCUCAGCUCUUAUCGACCUGGCAGCGUGA